AUGGAGGCGUACCUUCUGAAUAAUUAUACGAAAUGUCCGCCAACAACAUUAUUGGAAUCAAAUGAAUUUCAAGUAAUUAUUUUUCGAACAUUGUCAAUUAUCACAUUUCCAUCAUUUGUUUAUGGUGUAUACUUGAUUUUAUAUGUCACUCCAGAAUCGAUGAAAAAUGUCAAAAAUACAUUGAUGUUUGUGCAUAUUUGCACAUUUAUUUUUGAUGCAAUCGUUAAUUGUCUAGUCCAACCCUAUUUUCUUCUACCUACCACAGCUCUUUAUUUAAAUGGAAUUCUUUGGGUUUAUCUUGGCUUACCUUUUCACUUCAUAUGUUGGAUUGCACAAUACUCGAUGUACUGUAAGUGAAUCUAUUAGUUUUUAUUUGUUUUCAAUAUGUUUCAGGUUUGGGAAUGUCAAUCAUUUAUUUAUUCCAAUCUCGUCACAGUAUGAUAAUAACUGUGAAAUAUCGAAUGACUAAAACUAGCACAAAAAUAAUAUAUUACACCAUAGGCUAUUUUGUUGGUGCAAUCGGUAUGGCUUCCUAUCAUUUUCAAGAUUUUGAUAACGAAGAAGUUGAGCUACAAUUUCUACAAACCGUGUAUCCUUGCCCACCAAUUGAAUAUUUCGAUAAAAACACUUUUGUCGUUACAAACAAUAUGAUGGUUAUCGUAAUCGGUCAAUGUAUUGUCAUAUUUUAUGCUUUUGCUCAUGCUAUUUUCUGGAUUUUCUCAAGUGUCUAUCAAUUGACAAAGAAAACAGCAAAAAUCUCGAAACAUACUCGAGAAAUGCAAUUAAAGUUUCUGAAAGCAGUUAGUAUUCAAAUAUCAGUUCCAUUAUUAGCAAUUAUGUGCCCUGGAACAGGUAUGACAAUUAUGAUUGCUGCUUCUCAAAAAAGUCAAUUAAUGAAUAAUAUAAUUAUCAGUGCUUGUGGAUUACACGGAUUAAUGUCCAAUCUUUGCCUGAUCUUUGUUCAAAGAGCAUAUCGUGAUUUCACUUUUCGAUGUUUCAACAGAAAUCGGAUGUUCUCAAAAGUUAGCAUAGUAAUAAUACACACAGAUGUUUUAUAA